AUGCAACCAUCACCCUCAACGAAUAGUGGUGGUAUGGUUGGCCGAAGAAUGGGAUCAACUUCUCAGCUUGUAAAGAGUGCUAGCCGAUCUAAAAUUCAUCCUCUUCAUUCUCAUCAACAACCACCAGCAUCCACACCUCACUAUUCACAACAAGGAGAGGUUCAUGAUGCCUCACUCAAUUCCUUAAAUGAUAUUGUUGAAGGAAGCAUGCCUUCGGGAUCAAGCCUUAAAAACCACCAACACAUGAUGAUCAUGACGAACGGAAGCACUCCCACGCCCACUCCAGCUCAUCAUCCCUCAUUAGGUAAAAGAUCUCAAUCCUAUCAUACACUACAACAUUCAGAGUCUACUUCAGGAAGUACAAUGAUGAGUGAAUCCAUGUCCAUCUCUUCUUCGUUGGAUGAUUUACUGGCCUCUUCUACUCAGCGACUGUCGAGAUCUCAAAAAUUAGUUCGAUCCUUCCGAGAGUGUUGUCCUGCUCUGAAUUCAUUGCAAAACUUACUGUUGGCACUCUUUCUCAUGCAAACAGCAAUUUGUAUUGGUUCCAUGAUUGUACUGAUUUAUGCGAGUGGAGAAUCGUCAUUGGAGGAAAUCUCUGCCAUUCGUGAAAAGAACAUUAAGAAGAGUGUUGAAUCGUAUAUGGGUGUUGCAUUUGAAGCACUCUCCACGCUACGAUAUGGAUUCUUAAUACAGGCGCGUGAUUACAAUUACACAUUUCCAUCGGACUAUUCUACCAUUUGUCGUCGAGUGACAAAUGUGUUUGCUCCCUCAAAGAAUGCAUUUCCAGCCUCAACAAUCUUCUAUUAUGGAAAUAAUAGAAAGAAUUAUUGUGGCGUUGAGAAGAGUGUCACUCGAGAUUAUGUUCAGGUACGAAAUGACAAGGCAGAAACAUGGAUCUAUACGCACAAUGAGUUUUAUGACCCCAUUAAUGUUUCUCUUGUAGUUGAAAAUUAUGAUCCAACCAUUAGACCAUGGUAUAAAACUGGACUUCAAAACACCUUUCCAAAAUUUGCAUGGUCCACAGUUUUUAAUAAUGCAUUUUUAGGCUGCAUUUCCAUUGCUAGUAGUUCAAAAUUAGAAUUUCCAAGUUUUGAAACUAUUCGACACUCCAAUGGUACUAUUGAACUCUUUUCUGUACACCAUAUUUUAGGCAUCCAUUUUGACUUGUAUAAUUUAGAUGCAAUCCUGUCGAACAUCAUUAGAGAUAAUAUGGAUAUGCAGACAAAAUCUAUUGAUGUUGUCAUUGUGGAAAGGACAGGAUUUUUAAUAUCAACCUCAUUUGGAGCCUUGACACAGAAUGAAGCCAAGCAAAGAAUUCACGUUUCGAAAACUACUUCCGUUUUUGCGUUAGCCUCCAAUGAAUUGGAGAAGAGGAAAAUUUUAAUCCCACAAAGUGCACAAACGAAUUUAAGUGACUUGUCAUUGCUCAUUGAUGUCAAUGCAUCGACUACCAAGUUCAUGAUUGAUCAGAACAAGAUUUCGAUUCAUUACAUUCGUGAGGAUGGUUUAGAUUGGGUAAUGAUUGUGUCUACGCAAGAAUAUGGUUUCAUUAAGACUGUGUUCACAAGCUCUCCUGUAUUGCUGUCAAUAUCGAUUAUUUUAAUUGUUUGUGGAACAUUGAUCAUGGUUAUUGUGACACAAAUCAUCACACGAUCCAUAUGGAGUGUUUCAAGAGAAUUGUUUAAAUUAUCGAAACUUGAAAUUGAGGAUAUUAGAAAGAGGAAAAUGUUGAAAGCGAUCUACGAAUUGAGUAUUUUACAAACUUCUCUGUAUACAGUGAAAAACGGCUUGCAAUCAUUUAUGAAAUUCAUUCCUAGAGAUAUUGUGAAAGAUAUUGUACGAACAGGUGGAACUGCCAAGCUAGGAAUGCAACAUGCACUCACCACCAUCAUGUUCACAGAUGUUGUGGAUUUUACAAACUUUAGCGAAACUACAAAUUCUGCAAUUAUUGUCAAAGUUAUGAAUGAAUAUUUUAAUGUUGUGACAGAGAGUGUUGAGGUAAAUGAGGGCGUAAUCGACAAGUAUUUGGGCGACGGUAUAAUGAGCUUGUUUUCAAUUCCUUUAAGAAUGGUUCAUGAGCACGCCGUUAAGGCAUGUCUCUCUGCACUAACCAGUAUCGUUAAGCUUGACCAUAUGAAGAGUAAAUGCCAAAGAGAAGGUUGGCCUAUUAUCAAAAUGCGUGUUGGAAUCAAUACUGGAAUGGCUUUAAUUGGAAAUAUUGGAAGUCGUUCAAGGCUCAAUUAUACGGCUCUAGGAGACAGUGUCAAUACUGCAGGUCGAUUGGAAAUGUUAAAUAAGAGAUAUGAAACUGCCAUCCUGAUUGGACAAAAUACCUAUGACCAGGUAAAAGAUCGUUUCGUGUGCUAUUUUGUGGACUCUGUUCGAUUGAAAGGAAAAUCUGAGGCCAUUGAAGUUUAUACCAUCGAAUGUGAAUGGAGUGAAGCCAAUCAUCAACAGAAACUUAUUCAUGACGCGCUUGUUCAAGUAAAGGAAAGUUUUUACAAGAAAGAUUUCAAGGCCAUGUUAGAGCACGUCGACAGUGCAAUUGGAAUUGUUAGCCAGAACAAGAAUAUGUCCAUGUCGUCGAUGCAACAACUGGCAGAGGAUGGUACUGGUGGUACAUUGUUUUCACCAAGCUCGAAUUCAAACUUGAGCAACAUGAAUAAUAAUACUCAGCAGAAUGGAGGAGUCGACAAUAGUCAGAUCUAUCUGACAUCCACAAAAUUCUUAUUUGAUUUGAAGAAAAGAGCCGAACAUUUGAAAGCCAUGACAGAGAAGCACAAUGUCACGUUCAUUCAGGACAUGUCUUCUCAACCUCUUCCACAACAACAAAUGAACGCAAUGGUAGAUUAUUCCCUAACCUUAACAGAAAAAUAA